AUGGGGUUGAUUUUGCCACCACUGUAUGCUAUGAUAGAUAGCCGUGUUCUAGGCAAGGUUUCAAUGACAAUCCAAGCAAAAGAUGAAGAUGAUGAGGGAUUAGAUAAAGAAGAUGAAAAUGAGCAUGCAGAGACACCAUGCGAUGCUUGUGGAGAAAACUAUGCCUCCAACGAGUUCUGGAUUUGCUGUGACAUCUGCGAGAAGUGGUUCCGUGGAAAUUGUGUUAAGAUCACCCCAGCUAGGGCUGAGCAUAUUAAGCAAUACAAAUGCCCAUCCUACAGCAAUAUGAGAGCUCGGCUUUGA